AGCGGUUGUAAUGGGAACCAGACGUCGAAAGCUAUUACAUGAAAUGAUCAGAAAUACACCUCAGACAUUGUUUUACAAUAGUUUUGAAAUAAGGUUUUGACCUACAAAUAAUUUUUCAAAAGCCAUUCAUGGCAAAGACAUACAUGCAGGGUGUUGUAAGGAGUUAUUAUUUCAGAUUUACCACUAUUUUAUCACUAUCAACACUAUACUGAAAACCCAGAAAUAUGUACAGGUAUAUUUCAUUCUGGAUUGUAAAUAAAAUGGCCAUAUUUGCAAAGGAGACAUCACGACCCCCUGGUUCCUAUCACCACCACUGUAAAGAAAUCAAAGGUAUUAAGUUUCUCUGCAAUCCACUAUUUCAUUUCAGACCACACUGAAUAACUUUGUUUACAUCUGAAAGGGUCAAUUUUACAGACAUUUUGAAAAACUAGUGAAAUUCCCCUUUAAAGGCUGGGCAUUUUAACAGGCUAAGGCAAGCUCUUCUCUCAGGAUCAUGGGGUGUGCCUCAAGUUAAGCUCUAACAGGGAAGGGAAACUACAUGGUGGGAAGGCGUGCUAAACCGGACUGCGUAAAACUGCUGUGUUUAUCUAAUUCUCGAAGGUUUCAAGUGAUCCCCACUCAUACAGCGCUCAAAGGCCCAAAAACAUCACAAUCACGGACUGUCUAUAGUUACAUUGUUUGACUUCACACCAAUCAUUAAAAAUGGCGGAUAAACUUCAGAAAUUAGUUGCGGACAAAAAGGAUGUGGUGGAGACAGUGAUGGAGGUAUUUGAGCAGGGUGCGGAGGUGGUGGCCAGCAUCGCUGGAGAUUUGUUCCCGGUUUUCUCCAUAGCUGCUCCCGUUGUGAAGCUGGCACUGGAUAACGUGGAGAGCAAAGAAGCGGAAUACAUGAAGGAACAGUUUCAACGGGUCCGUGAGCGCCUGGAGGUCGUGUCAGAGGAGAUCCAGCGCAUAAACGAGGAGGUCAAGAAAAGCGGGGCGGACGCUGCUUACUUCUCGGUGGAGGAGAAUCUGACCAACCUGUUCCGCAAGUAUAUGGACAUCCUGAAUGCCAAACCGAAAUUCCGGGAGGCUAAGAAGAAGCAGUUUAUGGAGCACUUCAGCAAGACCGGGGGCGACAAAAAUCUGCACACGCUGUAUAACGCAGUUACAGGGGAUAACUUUUCCGGAGAGUCUGUGCUGGAGAUCACUCUCAACUAUGAGCAAAAGAGCCGUAGGGCAGUGGAGGACUUUUGUGCCAGGCUGAAGCAGCUGUUCUGCAUAGGCCUCAUCGCCUUGAUGGGCCACGCGGCCCUUAAAGGCAGCGAAGAUGAGGAGCAGCUGCUGAAAGAGUGGGCCGAGAAGAUGAAGGUGGUCCAGGAGAAAAUGAACAUUGUCAUCGAGGACUGCAUCAACAGCUUUCCGAGUCAGGCAGAGCUUGACAUCAAGAGGCUUGUGAGGGACAACAGGGACAAGACCAACCAGCAGCUUGCAGACAUGAUUCUGGAAGCCCUGAAGAAGAAGUACGACUGGGUUGGCUGGUCGGUCCGUGUCUUUAACUCACCCACAGGCCUUUUCACCAACAAGAAGGACUACCAUUGCCCCACAGGAAAAAGCAGGUUUCAAGUGCCUACGCCAGAUGAGAAACUGAAUGUAUUUGUUUCUUUUAGUGCUUCUCCAGAACCUCUAGACAAAACCCAGAUCCAAAAGUUGGUUGAGGCCCAGAAGAAGCCUUCAGUUACAGAAGUUGCAGAGAUCCUGUUUGAGAAGGUCCCUGUAUGUGUGGUCCAUACCGUCAAAACUUCCUGCAAAGAAAUGGCCUAUGCCUGGAGCUUUAAAGAUGAGCUUCACUUCUUUGAGCAGUACAAGAACUUCUACCUGUUUGUUCAUUCUGCUUAGACACAAAUAGUAUAGAGACUAUAAUGUUUUUUGGGCCAAAAAUAAUGACAAAUAUAUUUUUUGCCUUUAUGCUGAGUUUAGUCCUCUUUAAGGACUCCUUCUAAGCAUACUUCACAGUAGGGGUGGGCGAUGUGACAUGAAGAUAAUCAACACAUUUUCACGACAUGAUACAUAUUGUGAUAUUUAGUUGCCACGGUGCCACAUUUGAAAAUGCAGUUUUAAAGUACGAGUAUAAUUAUAUAAUUGUGAUUCAGACUUGCAGUCUUGCAAACAAAGGGGGAAACCUUGCACAGCAAUGCCAUUAGGGAGCCUCUUCUAAACUUUAAUUAACCCUUGUGAGGUGUUGAUGUGUUUGGUUCUCAGUGGUCCGGUGGACCCACCGCAUUAUUAUUAUUAUUUUUUUUUAAUCAAUACAGCCAUAACACUGUAUGUAAAAAUACCAGAUGUUUUAAUUAUCACAAU